AUGUAUGCUUAUAAAUGUUGGGUGGACUCUGACACUGUGAUGUGGUUCAAAAAAGAAUGGCUCUACUCAAACAAUGGCCUUACGAAGUGUUUUCUUCUACCUUCUAUAUAUCUCUUUCUUUCUUUAUCAGUGUGCUUUUAUUGUUUAAGCUCACAAAAAGAACCAAACCCAAAACCAAUCUGAAUCUGCCUCCAUCUCUACCAAAACUACCAAUCAUCGGUAACAUUCAUCAGUUUGGAACACUGCCACAUCGAUCUCUUCGAGACCUCUCUCUCAAAUAUGGUGAUAUGAUGAUGUUGCAGUUGGGGCAGAUGCAAACUCCAACCCUAGUGGUUUCAUCUGUAGAUGUGGCCAUGGAAAUAAUCAAAACUCAUGACCUAGCCUUUUCUGACAGACCCCACAACACUGCUGCAAAGAUCUUGCUCUAUGGAUGCACAGACGUUGGCUUCGCAAGCUAUGGAGAAAAGUGGAGACAGAAAAGGAAAAUAUGCGUCCUUGAACUUCUAAGCAUGAAAAGGGUGCAAUCAUUUCGUGUCAUAAGGGAAGAAGAGGCUGCGAAGUUGGUAAAUAAGCUACGUGAGGCAAGCUCGAGUGAUGCAAGUUACGUGAACCUAAGUGAGAUGCUUAUGUCAACGUCUAAUAAUAUUGUGUGUAAGUGUGCUAUUGGAAGGAACUUUACAAGAGAUGGUUACAACAGUGGGAAAGUGUUAGCGAGGGAGGUUAUGAUUCAUCUCACAGCUUUCACAGUGAGAGAUUACUUUCCUUGGUUGGGUUGGAUGGAUGUUCUCACUGGAAAAAUUCAGAAAUACAAGGCCACUGCUGGAGCAAUGGAUGCUUUGUUUGAUCAGGCAAUUGCUGAACAUUUGGCUCAGAAAAGAGAAGGUGAACACUCCAAAAGGAAAGACUUCCUGGAUAUCCUACUCCAACUUCAAGAGGAUAGCAUGCUCAGCUUUGAGCUCACCAAAACUGACAUCAAAGCACUUGUAACGGACAUGUUUGUGGGAGGUACUGAUACAACUGCGGCGGUAUUAGAAUGGGCCAUGUCAGAGCUUUUAAGAAAUCCGAACAUAAUGAAAAAAGUUCAAGAAGAAGUGAGGACAGUUGUAGGUCAUAAAUCAAAAGUGGAAGAGAAUGAUAUUAGUCAAAUGCACUAUCUAAAAUGUGUAGUCAAAGAAAUUCUAAGGUUACAUAUUCCUACUCCUCUUUUGGCUCCUAGAGUAACAAUGUCUGAUGUAAAACUGAAAGGAUAUGAUAUUCCUGCAAAAACAAUGGUAUAUAUCAAUGCAUGGGCAAUGCAAAGAGAUCCUAAAUUUUGGGAACGCCCUGAAGAGUUCCUGCCAGAAAGAUUCGAAAAUAGUAAAGUUGAUUUUAAAGGUCAAGAAUAUUUUCAGUUUAUUCCAUUUGGUUUUGGGAGAAGAGGAUGUCCUGGGAUGAAUUUUGGAAUUGCUUCUGUUGAGUAUCUGCUUGCUAGUCUUCUUUACUGGUUUGAUUGGAAGUUGCCUGAAACUGAUACACAAGAUGUAGAUAUGAGCGAGAUAUUUGGACUUGUUGUCUCAAAGAAAGUACCACUUCUCCUUAAACCAAAAACCUUUUCAUUUUAAGCCAAGUUAUAAAUGCAUGUUUUUGUUCUUAAAAUGAAUAUUGUUGUAAGUUUUUCUUUAUCAGUAUUAUUAUUGUUGUAAGUUUUCUUCUCUUUGUGUGAUGUUGUUGCCCUAAAUAAUACUAGUAUUUGAAGUAUUGUCAAAUUUAUAAAGACAAUAAAGUUGGGCUCGGA